CGCCCGCGCACAAGGGGCAGCGGCCGUGGCGUUGGCGGGAAGCGCGGAGCUGAGGUAACGGCCGCUGCUCGUGACAGGGCCGGGCCGGUGGGAGCCUCGGUGGGCACCUGCAGCGUGGGGAGAGGAGCGCAAGGCAAGGCCACUCAUUCCUAUCCUGGAAGAAUUUCCUCAGUUGUGUUAGUCCAGUUGUUGGAGCUGCAAAGCCAACUGGCUUGGGAAAGUUAAGAGAAGUACUUUUCCUCUUUUUUCUUUUUUUUUUUUUUUUUUCUUUUCUCUUUUUAUUUUUUUUUCUCUUUUUUCUUUUUUUUUUUCCACAGGUUAUUUUAUUUGUGUUCAGUUCUCCUAUGUGGGUCAUUAUGCAAUAUCUGAAGCAGUUUUACUAGUCUUCAAAUACAAACUGUUUCAGAGAGAAGAGAGACACUUCCCUUUAGAGAAAUAUCAAUUAAAUUAUUCAUGUUUGAGAGUAGAUCCAGACCACUCCAACUCUAUUUCUUCAAGAGGCAGAUUCUGUCAGGCGGGGGAGUAAUUUUGACAGGAAUCUGAAGGUCAGAGUAUGCUCAGAGGGUCAUGUCCAUUCUUGCUGUUAAACACUGGAAAAUGACAAAACAGGCAAGAAAUAUGGUGACCUACAGACUGUUCCUAACAGAAGAAAGAAAACUAUAACUACUUACAAAUGUUUCUUAUCAGAAUGAAAUUCCUACAGCUACUGUCCAGGAAACCUGGGAAACUGGAAAUGCUUUUCCAAAUACCUUUUUGCCAAAAGCAAUUCCCAUAUUUGUGUCUGGCCACCUCUACUUGUCUUUAUAGUAAGAAGAAAAAAGUUAACAGUUAUGAACUAGUUGACCAAGAAAAAUACAAGAACUUGGUCUGCUCUGUUACAUCUUACAAAACCAGUGCCCAGACACCAGAGACAAUAUUUGAAGAAGACAAUUUGUUAUAUGGGCCUCCAGUUAAAACUGAAACCAAAACUCCCAAGAACUGGGUUCCUUUAAUAAAUCCUAACAAGAGAAUUCCCCUUGUCAGCGGUCAUUCAAACCUCCCCAUGAAAAUCUCUUUACCAAGAACAAAAAUGCCCAGUGUUACCCGUGUUCUCCAACAGACUAUGUCUCCGCAGCAAAACUUUUAUUUAGAAAGAUGGAAGCAAAAAAUGAUACUGGAACUUGGAAAAGCUGGGUUUGAUGAGUAUACUAAAAAUCUUUUCCUCCAAGGAGAGCUAUUUCAUGCAGCUUUAGAAUCUAUAUUCCUGUCUGAAGAGAUUGCAGCUAAGGAGCAGGGAAAAGACAUUAUUUCCGGCUACUUGUCAAGUGUGCAACAUGUCUUAAAAGAUAUCAGCGAAGUGAAAGCUCUGGAAAGUGCCGUUCAGCAUGAGACUCUCCAGUACCUGGGCCUGGUAGACUGCGUGGCUAAGUAUCGAGGCCAGUUGUGUGUGAUUGACUGGAAGACUUCAGAGAAACCAAAGCGAUCUCUGAAGAAUACAUUUGACAACCCAUUACAGGUUGCAGCAUAUAUUGGAGCCAUAAAUCAUGAUGCCAGUUAUGACUUCCAGGUCAGCUGUGGACUCAUUGUGGUUGCCUAUAAGAACGGCUCCCCUGCGCAUCCGCAUUUCAUGGAUCCUGACCUGUGCACGCAGUACUGGAACCAGUGGCUUUUGCGCCUUGAGGAGUACAUGGACAGGAACUGACCCAAACUAAGCUGUGCAGAAGCAAGUGGUCUGAGCACAGAACCAAAGCAAGAAUCCCUUGUUUAAAUCUUUCAUUGGAAUACAUAUUCUGUUUUUCAGCAACUUUGCUGAUUUCUUAAUAUUGGAGGGUUUUCGUGCCCCCCCCCCAGAAAAAAAAAAAAAAAAAAAAAGAAAAAAAAAUUGGAGUGGGAAACGUGUAUUUGCUUACACUGAAGGUGACUUAAGUGGACCUGGCUGGACAAAGUUGUCUUAAUUAAUCUCUGUUUUUCUCUACUGAGUUUAUCCAACCUGAGAUUGAUAGGGAAGUUUCUGUUAUCAAGUAAAACUGUUCAAUAAAUCA